AUGUUAAUAUGUUAAAAGAGUAUUUUAUAGAAUUUAAAUAAUUUUAUUGUUAUUAAUAUCUUAUUAAUAUAGGGAGGUGACCAUUAUACAUUGAUCCAGUGCCUUUUUGUGUGAUUCGAAACUGUGACUGUGAGAUGUAUGAGAGUUUGACUUCUAGGCGGGUAAUUCUAUUUUCACUUUAAACGGAUGACAGGUGCCUGAGUGUAUCCCGACCCAUUCCAGGCUAGCAUCAGAUGUCAUGAUGGACCUUUACAAUCUUUCACGUGUACUUUCAAGAACCAUAUACAUUUUUUUGACAAUUGGUUGCCAUGGUAAUAGAAUCUGAAAAUUAAAACCUGGACUUCUGAAGGCGAAUUUUCCUCCAUUUCCUGGUAGUUUGAGACCUAAGGAAUACAAAAUUAAAAGUUGGGCAAAGACAUCUGAUGUUGAAUUCAAAGUCAACAAAACGUCAGCGCUGCGGUAACCGAUGAUAUGUAACAAUUUUAACACUUGCAUGUACUCUGUGCAGUGUGAAAGGGGAAGUUAACUAACAGUGAUCAAUUGAACAAAUCCCCUAAAGAAUAAACGGUUAAGAAAGUUGAAUAUUACGAACAGUGAUCAAUCUCAUUACUGAUAACUCCUAUAAGCAAAACAAAAUAGGAAGUUGGCCAAACACGGACCAUUGGACACACUAGAGGUGGGAUCAGACAAACACGGACCCUUGGACACACCAGAGACGGGAUCAGGUGCCUAAGAGGAGUAUGGAUGGAUGGAAGUCUUGUAAUUCAGCUGAUGUUUACCGCAGCAUUAUCAGGGGUUAAUGGAGUGUCCUCGAAUAUUGGUUAUAAUGAUAGCGAAUCGCUUAAGACGUGUGCUUACAAUACCCAUUUCAACGAAAGUGUCCACCGCUGUGUAGAGUGUCCAUUGGGCAAUUUUGGAGUGAAUUGUAAAGCAAAAUGUAUGAGCGGAUAUUAUGGCUAUCUUUGCCGGAGCAGCUGCAGUUGUGAAGUAUUCACAUGCGAUCCAGUUACGGGAUGCCCAGAUCAUUCAAAUGUCAGUGGCAACACGAGUUCCCAUAAGCCAACCCAAGGCACAACUCCUCACCAUUUCAAGAAAGCUCAGCGAUACAUUCAGAAUCUACGAGAUUAAUAUUAGCACAUACAAGGAGGAAUCCCGUUUUCAGGGAUCAUCAUGAAAAUCAGAUUUGGAUGUUGGUCGGCCUUGCUCUCGUUGGAUUCUUAGGCACAACUCUCAUUGCUGGUCUUGUCAUUUGCACGAGGAAGCUGAGCUGGUGCAAAUCUACUUCACAAUAUCCUUAUUUAGGAGGUGGAACUGCUAUUGCUGGAAAUAACAUUGAAGUGGAACCUGACGGACAGCCCAUAGGCGAGAUGUGUGCUUCCAAUGAUGAUGCCGACGUUUACGACGAAAUUCGCAACUCAUUCCAAUAUAACUGCACCAACUCAUGGGUAGACUCACGUCCUUCUCCGUGUUGUGGAAACGGAACCAACAUCAGUGAUAGAAAAAUCCGAAUGUCGGAAAACAUUUACAGUAAAAAUGAGGUUGAGGAUGAGGGUCAGUACAGCAUCCUUCAGUUAAAGAAAAGACAGAGUUCCGAUUCAAACAUGAGUGGAUGGCCGAGACAUGAAGGAGCAUGUAGUUCACAGGAAGAGUACGCAUCAUUGAAAUCAUCUGGUACUAUUGUUGUCGCAGGGAAAAAGAGAAAGGGAAGAUUCAAAAUCUUGAACAGAAUAUCUGGAGCCGAUUUUACCUGGCGCAGACAAAACAAGAAAUCCACUGGCAGUCUUACUGGCUGUACCUCUGAAGAUGGACUUGUAGAGUUGAACAAGGGUGCUGCAAAUGAAGAAUAUUCAAUGACAACAGGAUGCUCUGGAACAACAAUCAACGAAGAGGAGAGUCCAUACAGUCUGGUCAACAUGUGUGAUAUAAAUGAUGAAUGCUGAAAUAUAAAAUCAAUGUUUCCACCUGACUGAUUCUGUGGAGGAAACAAUUAAGCUUGCAAGAGAGCAUCCAUUUUUUGUUUGUUUAUGUUUUUCAACCCAUGUAUAAUAAUAAAGAUAUUCCAAAAUGUA